GAGUGCAGUUUAGUCGCUCGCGCGAAGUCACCAGAGAAAGACUUGCAAUUGCUGCUGUUGUGUCCCACCGGUUUGACUGUUGGGUAGUUUUGCCUUAGUGUCUAGUGUGUUUGAAUGAACACACGCGGUGUUCGCGGGGCUCCUUUCACCGAAGGAUUCAAACUGUGCGCAACCGUUUCAACUAUAUCCCGGUGAGGCCGGUUGCCUUUAAUCUCAGCUCGCGGUACUUUUUGCACCACAAGCUGCUUGCUAGAAGAAACACGUAAACCAUGCACGGUGGAGGACUGGACACCGAUAAGCACAACGGUGCCGAUUCGGCCUCGUUGCGCGAGAAGGUACAGCUGCGACGAGGUGAAAAAUGGCGAAUUCUUAAAAACAUCAUUACGGUGUCGGUUGCGUUUAUGGUCCAGUUUACCGCAUUCCAGGGAACAGCAAACCUGCAAUCGUCGAUCAAUGCGAAGGAAGGCUUGGGUACGGUGUCACUUAGUGCCAUCUAUGCGGCUCUGGUUGUCUCCUGCAUAUUCCUGCCGACGCUCGUCAUUCGCAAGCUGACGGUGAAGUGGACGCUCUGCGUUAGCAUGCUGUGUUAUGCACCGUACAUCGCAUCGCAGUUCUAUCCCAAGUUCUACACCCUAAUACCAGCAGGUAUAUUGCUAGGUUUGGGUGCCGCACCCAUGUGGGCUAGUAAGGCAACGUACCUGACGCAACUCGGACAGGUGUACGCGAAACUGACGGACCAAUCCGUCGAAGCCAUCAUCGUGCGAUUCUUUGGAUUCUUCUUCCUUGCCUGGCAAACGGCUGAGCUGUGGGGCAAUCUGAUUUCCAGCCUUGUUUUGUCCAGUGGAGCACAUGGGGCAGCAGCGGCUGUUGAUGAGAAUGGAACAAUUAGUUCGCACCACAGUGACCCAAACCUUGACAGCUGCGGUGCCAACUUCUGUGUCGUCGAAACGUCCGAUAAUGCUAACCUGCAACGGCCACCAGAUUCGGAGAUUUUUGAAAUUUCUGCCAUCUACCUGUCCUGCAUUAUUGCCGCUGUUAUCAUUGUCGCUGUAUUCUUGGACCCACUGUCGAGGUACGGUGAGCGAAGACGUGGCUCCAUUUCGGCAACGGAAAUAUCCGGCAUGCAACUGCUGUCGGCAACGUUCAAACAGUUGAAAAAGGCGAACCAGCAGCUCCUCAUACUUAUUACCGUUUUCAUCGGUAUGGAACAGGCGUUUAUUGGGGCUGACUUCACGCAAGCGUAUGUAUCGUGCGCACUAGGCAUUCAUCAGAUCGGCUAUGUGAUGAUCUGUUUCGGUGUGGUCAACGCAAUAUGCUCCAUCAUCUUUGGAUCCGCAAUGAAGUACAUUGGGCGCGUUGUUAUCAUUAUUUUAGGAGCGAUUGUCCAUGGAGGAUGCAUCAUUUAUCUUUUGUACUGGCGACCCCACCCGGACCAUCCGAUUGUAUUUUUCGUACUCUCCGGUUUGUGGGGUAUUGGAGAUGCUGUGUGGCAAACCCAAAUCAAUGGUCUUUACGGUGCUUUGUUCCGACGCAAUAAGGAAGCAGCCUUUUCGAACUAUCGUCUAUGGGAGUCCGUCGGAUUCGUCGUUGCGUACGCAUACUCAACGAAUCUUUGCGCGCGCAUGAAGCUUUAUCUGCUUUUUGGUGUGUUGGUGUGUGGUAUGAUUGGAUAUACGAUCGUUGAGAUACGUCAGCUGAAAAAGGAGAAGCGUUUGAAGCAGUUGGAAGAAAUACCCAAACAACAGCAAACGGACGCGGACCGAAAAGCCAUCGAGGAGGACGACGAGAAGGAUGAGCUGGAAGAAGAUAUUGUUGUAACACAUCUCUGAUGUCGCUAAACAACACCUUUCCUAUCGUAUAUCUCUUUAUAAUUUGAAACGUUACUGCUACUACGAUUUGUUACCAAUAAUGCAAUAUUCAUAUAGAAGCUAGUUGUCGUUCCACAACAUCCUAGAGACAAUGUUCACAACAACCAAGGCGCACACAAAUCUCAUGAGCGCAAACAGAGAUGAGAGUAUCAGAGGAAAUAGUCUUCUAGUGCUUGUGGGUAUUCUUUUCAAAUUGAUGUACAAUUUAAACGGAUAGAUAACACGAAGAAGGUUGUUUAUAGCUGCAUGAGUUCAAAUUGAGUUUUGAUAGUUUUGAUGUGUAAUAGUUCAACCGAACUCACUGUACAAGUAUUUGAGUAAGUUCAUACGCAAUGGCGAUAUGGCGUUUUGUUAAUGAGGAAGAUAAGCUUCGCUUCUUUUCUUGUGCUACUUCCCUGCAUAUGGAUAUCGGCACAUUUGCAAUGUACCAACGUAAGAUGUGUUGAUAGUCGAAACAAAAAUAAAAAAAUAACAAGCAUAACUAAAAACCAAA